AUGCUAAGCAAACCUAAUACUAACCACCUGAAAGCACCCGCAGUCAAAACGGCUCGAUCUUUAACUGUUCCUAAACAUUCUCUAGAAAGCACACCUUCAAGUUCUAAGCAGGAAAGCGAGUCGGUUAUUAAUAAGUUGUCCAAGCGACUUGGAGGUGUUCAGCUGAGCAAUGGGUCAAGCAAAACGAACAGUGGAGCUGUAUCUGAAGCAGGUGCCUCCACUUCGGUUGAACCAGAUGCGCACUCCACAAGUGCACUCUUCGGAUCAGUGUCACCCAGUCUUCCCGGUUGUAGCCACUCAAACAUCUGCGACACUUUUAAAGAACGAAUUCAAUCUAGUCCCUCACCAAAUUUAAUUCUCCGUUUGGCUGAUACCAUCAGCAACAGCUCAGAUGAUGACAACUUUGAUGAACUUUGCCUACUCGAAGAGAACAAAUGCAAUAUUGCUAAUGAUUCGGAUGACUCUGCCUCAAACAAAUCUGCCAGAUCGAGAUUUUCGGUUUCCAAAUUAGAUGAUCUUGUGUCUUCAUCGCUGUACCAAAACAAACAGAUGAACAGCAAUCAGCCCGUAAAUCAGUCUUUACCUUCUCCCCAGUCUUCUCAAGUCCACAAAGUUGGCGAACAGUCCAACAAAAGGGGCCUGUUGAAUGUGGGAAAAUCAAUUCGCAAUACCAGCAGUGUUCUGCCUCUGCGGAACUGUCACGUCCACCGAGGCUCUAUUUCCAGCAAUGAUCUGAUGAGCAGCUCCAACUACGUUCCCAGUCACCGUCUGUUGCAUUCCACUUCGUACAAUCCAUCAUCAUCUCAUUGUUGUCACUUUCGUCAUCACCAUCAUCACUACGACAGCCACCGCCUGGACUCGAUGAUACCAAUGGCGUCAAUGAGGUCCCCGCAGUGCGUCGGCAAUCAGAAGAAUCCGUUUGAGCAGCUGGGCAUGAGCUCCAUCGAGGCGACCUCCAUCAUCAGUAGUCACUGCAAUACGGAGAACAACUCCAGUGCUUCCAAUGCAGCUGCCAUCACCAAGCUGACGGCCUCCUCCAUAUCGGGACUGCCGGUGUCAGCGUUGACCGUCAUGGAGUCCCCGAAUCUCUCCGCUCGCACUGGUUCCUACAACUGGCAGGCGUUUAUGCCUACGCUCAAGGAUCGCAUGGCGACCGUAUUCAAUCACGAGCUUCUCGCUGAUGUUCACUUUAUUGUGGGAAAGAGCAAUACACGAAUUCCCGCUCACAAGUUUUUGCUUUCGAUUGGCAGCGCCGUCUUUGACGCCAUGUUCAACGGACCGCUGACCCGGGCGGCGCAGAGUGACGAACGAAGUAAACUGGGGGAGGCAGUGCCAAACACGUCCGGCGAUGACACUGAAAUUGAGCUUCCAGACGUGGAGCCAGAGGCGUUCAUGGCGUUGCUUCGAUUUCUCUACCUGGACGAGGUGCAGAUUGACGCCGAGACGGUGAUGGCGACGCUGUACGCGGCCAAGAAGUACGAAGUGACCGCACUGGAGAUGGCCUGUGUAGACUUUCUCAAGGCGAACCUGAACCCUGACAAUGCCUUUAUGAUGCUCACACAGGCGCGCCUCUUUGAUGAGGGCACCUUGACCGACCUGUGUCUGGAGACAAUCGACAAGAACGCCAUGGACUCGCUCUUCUCUGACUCCUUCUACGACAUCGACCUAGACACCCUCAAGCUGGUCCUCAAUCGUGACUCUCUUCGGGUUCGAGAAGUGUCGCUCUUUAUUGCCGCCAUUCGCUGGGCCGAGCUCGAGUGCACCCGUCGCUCCUGGGAGCUGACCACGGAGAACAAGCGAAAGGUUCUCGGUGAUGCGCUCUACAUGAUUCGCUUUCCGCUGAUGACCAUCGAGGAGUUUGCUCACAAUGUCGCCCAGUCUGAGUUGCUCACCGACAAGGAGGUGGUCAAUCUCUUUCUCUUCUUUACCGUCAGCUCAAAGCCCUCGUUGCCCUUCUCCCUUGAGCCUCGGUGCUGCAUCACAGGGGAAGAGUGUUCGGUCAAUCGCUUUCGCAAUCGGCCGCAAGCUCGAUGGGGCUACUCGGGCACGAGUGACCGCAUUCGCUUCCUCACCGACAGUCCCAUCUUUGUCACCGGCUUUGGCCUCUUUGGUUCAAUUCACGGUCCCUCCGAGUAUGAGGCAAACAUCGAGGUGAUCCACACUGGAUCGGGAAAGGUGAUCGCCACCAAUACGACCUCUUUCGUCUCUGAUGGCACUGAUUCGAUGUUUCGCGUCAUGUUCAAGUACCCGGUGGAGAUUACGCAAAACACCAACUACACUGCCUGUGCUACUUUAAAGGGCGUCGACUCGUACUACGGCACCAAUGGAUGUCGCACGGUGACUGUCAAUCUGGGCAAAGGUGACGCCAAGGGGACGGUGACAUUUCAGUUUAGCUACGCAGCCGGCUGCAACAACGGCACCUCAGUGGAGGAUGGCCAAAUUCCAGAGAUACUGUUCUACACUUAG